AUGCAUCGAGGCAAUACAGCAGUACCAUCCAAUAACGGUUCUAAUAUCAGAUAUGGCGGAGCAGUACCAAAUGCACAGCAUGGUCGACGGUCAUUUGCUCCGCAGCCUACAGGUGCUCCACCAAUGCUUCCACCACAACACAAUACUCGCAGUCAGAUGCAAAAUCGUUCGAAGAAACGAAAACUGGUUGAUAAGCUGUUACCCAUACAGGUUCGUGAGCUUGUGCCAGAAUCUCAAGCCUACAUGGAUCUCCUAGCUUUCGAGCAAAAACUUGAUGCCACCAUCACGAGAAAGAAGUUAGAUAUACAAGAAGCCUUAAAAAGGCCAAUAAAAGUUAAAAGACGCCUUCGAAUAUAUAUUUCACACACAUUCAUACCUGGCAAAGAGCCCGAGAGAGAAGGCGAUGAAGGCACUGUACCAAUGUGGGAACUACGAGUCGAAGGACGUCUGUUGGAUGAACCAUCGACAGGCGUAAGUACUGCAGGUAUUGGAGCUAGUCAAAAUCGUAAUCAACCACUGAAACGAAAAUUCAGUUCGUUUUUCAAAAGUUUGGUAAUCGAAUUGGACAAAGAAAUUUAUGGACCUGACAAUCAUCUUGUUGAAUGGCAUCGAACUCCUCAAACGAAUGAAACUGAUGGAUUUCAGGUGAAAAGACCUGGAGAUCGAGAUGUCAAAUGCACCAUUCUUUUAUUACUUGAUUACCAACCAAUGAAAUUUAAAUUGCAUCCACGAUUGGGAAAAGUACUUGGUAUGGCUACAGAAACACGUCCAAAAAUUAUUGAAGCUCUUUGGCAGUACAUAAAAACACACAAGUUGCAGAUAAGUUUCCCAUCUUAA